AUGUUCGCCCAACCACGAGUAAAGAAAAGCACACUGCCGCCUCCUAAGAAGAGGAAAGCGGCCUCGGCUGUUGAGGAAGUUAACUUUGACUUCGACCAACGCGAGGAUUACUUGACGGGGUUCCACAAGCGGAAGCAACAGCGCAUCAAGCUUGCGCAAGAACAGGCGGCCAAGAAGGACCGAGAGGAGAAGAUCGAAAUCAGGAAACAAGUUAGGGACGACCGCAAGCGCGAAGUAGAAGACCAUGUGAACACCGUCAACAAGCUUUUGCGUGAGGCGCAAGCAGCAGAUUCAGGCGACGAUCAAGAAAUCAACGGAGAAGACUUCGAGGAGUGGGAUGGCAUUGAGGAGAAACAGCCUGAGGUCAUAGACUUCGAGGACGAGUACAUCGACGAGGACCGCUUCACAACAGUCAAGGUUGAGGCCAUCGCAGUUACAAGGGACGGUUUCGAGAAACUGCACGAUAACGACGACUCGGAAGACGAGAAGAAAGAGGAGGACGAAGAUUCGGAGAAAAAGGGCGCGGAGGAGAAGAAAACUCCCAGGGCGCGCAAGGAGUGGCCCAAGAAGAAGGCGAAGUUCCGAUAUGAACAAAAGUUCGACCGUCGCAUCGAAGAGAGGAGACAGAAGGCUAAAAAGAAGGCGAAAUACAAAGGCAAGGAAUGA